AUGAGUGGCUCUUUGCAUUCGUUUAGCCAAUCCGAGCUACGAUUGUUGACGGCUUCUGGCGACGAUCGUGUGAUUGUGAAUACACCAGAGGUUCCUCCUGAAUCGGCAUCCACGUAUCCAAAGUUGGUGGGCAGCAAUUGGGAUUGCUAUAUUACGACAAACAGUAUUGUGCUGGGACGUAGCCCUGGAUCAGAUACGACGCUACAACGGCAAACGCAUAGCAACAAGGUGGAUAUCGACUUUGGACCUGAUCGACGUGAUAUUUCGCGACGGCAUGCCGAGAUACGGUUUCACAGGGACAAAUGGAUAUUGCGUAUCUAUGGUAGAAAUGGUGCCAAAGUCAACCAUGUGCUGCGUAAACCCAAAUCACCACCCGUGACCUUGUCGAAUGGCUCACUUAUUGAAAUCGUCGAUCAUGCAUUUGUCUUUAUCUUGCCCAUGAAACCAUCAACACCUACAGCCAACAACAACAGCAUCAAUCACGCUAUGAGCGGGAGUAUCAGCAGUAGUGGCAGCCAUACACCCCAAGAUCAUGGUAGCAGCAGGCAAGGUGGUGACCACGAAGGCCCUAUCGUGUUACGAGAAUUUGAUCAGGAUGGUCGACUUGAAACAAUGAUUGCAGAAAUGCUUCGUAUAAGCACGAAUCGUGAUACCGAGACCGUUGUUAACAGCGUGUUGGAAAAGAAUCCAAAUCAUGACAAGUCUGCUAUUCUUCAUGCUCUUGUUUUGAGUGAUAAGUUUCAGUUGGUGGACAAUCAAUGGUCACUGGUGGUUCGAGAGCCUGCUGUGGAUAAUGAAGCCUAUGCAAUUCAGGGGCCAUCUUUUGGGACAAGCAUUAUGGAUAUAUAUACGACAUGGUUGGAUGCUCGGGAAUUAGCGAAUUCUAGAGUGGAUGCAGCAACACCAGCGUCAUCAUCGACUAUAUCUGCAAGUACGAGUAGACGAUCUCAUGGUGCACCUCGUGAAGGGAUAAAGAGGCAAAGAUCCGAAUUAGUAUUUGUAGAUCCUUGGAAGGAUGUGCGGACGAUGGAUUUGUUGCCAGUGAGCAGUAGGCGAUGA